AUGGGUCAAACCGCCACUAGUAGAGGCCCAGUGGUUGAAGAUUCACCACUGAGCAUAGGGGUAUUAGAAAAAAUUGAAAACACAUCUGAUGAAGAAACUUUUCAGGAAGAGUCUCCAAAAAUUGAAAAAUUACACUGUCAUAACCCAAAUCCUUUAUCUAUGAUUCCUUCCAGGUACCUGGAAUUAGAAUUGAGCAAUCAACCUAAUAUGCUAGUCCAGCCUAGGUACAAUGUCUCCUCAGUUUACGAAUGGAAUAUUGAUGGAACCUCCGAUAGGACUGUAGCUGAACUCUUUAUAGCAGGAUUUUCAGGACAACUCAAAGGAUGGUGGGAUUAUUAUCUUACAAAGAUUCAGCAAUUAGAUAUUCUAAAUGUUGUUCAGGAGAUUCCACACAUCUUAAAGAUAAAAACGCGGAUCUUUUGUCAAACCUUAGAUGUAAAAAACUUAGUGAUUUCCAAUGGAGAAAAGGUUAGAAACAAAAUUAGAGAAACUUUUGGCUCCCAUAUCAUCCCUUAUGACCAACUAACAUAUGGGAAACUUAUUAGUUUAACACAAAAACAAGGUCUAGAGAUCUGUCAAGAUCUCAAACUCCAAAAACGUCUAAAAUGGGAAUUAAGAAAAAGUAAAAAAGAAUUAGGAUCUUUCUUUAAGAAAUUUGAUUUUACUAUAGGUAAAGAUCAGAACUGUGAUGGUGAUUGCAGCAGAGGAACAAAAAGUGUGUCUAAAAGAUUUAGAGAUUUUCGUCCUAGAUCCAAAGAUAAAAACCAUAAUACUCAUCAUAAAAAACAUUAUUAUAAAAAACCUUACAGAAAAUCUUUCAGAAAACAAUAUGAUAAGCCUAAAACAAAUAAAGCCAACUUAAAAGAUAUUACUUGUUACAAAUGCGGUAAGAAAGGCCAUAUAUCUAAAUAUUGCAGAGUAUCUAGGAAAAUCCAGGAACUUCAUUUAGAAGGUGAAGUCCUAGAUCGAAUAGAAGCCUUGUUAGCAUAUUCUUCUGACUCUGAAACUGAAAUGUCUUCAGAAGGUCAAAAUCCUCAAUUUGACGAACUAGUUACUACUUUUUCGUCUGGUUCUGAUUCUAACUCUGAUGAUGAUUCUGAAUCAAAGCAUGUAAAUGUUCUUACAAAGGAACAAAACUUGAUCUUAGAUGUAAUCCAGCAUAUUAGUAAUCCUGAAAUGCAGAAAAAAUGUCUAGAUCAGCUCAAAAAAUCCUUAGAAGAAGAACCUAAAACUGUAGAAACAAAUAUCCCUUCUACUAGUACAGGAUUGUAUGAUCUUACAACUAUUCUUGAUAGAAAAAGGAAAGAUAAAAAAACCUUUAGUCCUAAUUCACCUAUGGGCGGAAACUAA